AUGAGAGCCACCUUUCUGGAGAACCUAGUUUCAAAUUUGACGAUUCCUGAGCUUGUCCUUCAAUUACAUCUCAUGUUUGCAGACAAUAUCAUUGGCCCAUAUUCAGACAAUGGCCUAUAUGAUAAGGCACUAGAGGCAGCACCAGGAGCACCCGUCGGUAUCAUCCAUGACUGGUAUCCAACCAACAAGUCUCAAUACAAUGAUCUACAAAGGCUCAAUUCUGAGAAAUCCCGAAUCAACAUUCCAUUCAUGCAAACCGGAGAAUGUCUCCAUGGAGUAGGAUCUUUUAAACAAUCCAUGUUUCCCCAGGCCAUCGGAAUGGCGGCGACUUUUGACACGGAUCUGGUUUAUAAAGUAGGCCGAGCUAUUGCGACCGAAGCGCGGUCAAUUGGUAUUCAUGCUUGCUUCGCCCCCGUGCUCGAUUUAGCUAAGGAUCCUCGUUGGGGUCGUGUGCAAGAGGAUUGGGGGGAAGAUUUUGUUCUUACUUCUCACAUGGGUGUCGCCUUUUCAAGCGGGUUAUCCAAAAACAGCACUUGGUCAGAUCCCGAUGCCGUGAUACCGGUGAUGAAGCUCAUGGAAGUCCGCAGGGGGGGUCAUAACGCUGCUCCAUUCAUGGGAUACGGCACGCGUCAGGUUUUGCAAGAAAUGCUAGUUCCAUUCAAGGCAGCGGUGCAGCUUGGAGGUGUCAAGGGCGUGAUGAUGGCUUACAAUGAGUUUGAUGACGUUCCUUCCUCCGUGAAUCCUAUUCUAUACGAAGCAUUGGCGGAUUGGGGAUAUGACGGCUACAUUACUGCGGAUGACACAGGUAUGUUUGCCGACGAAGAAUCCAUUCCAGGCCCAGGUGUCAGAGGACACUCCGUUGCAGAUACGAUUGCCCAGUGGCACAACGCCGGUGGAAUGGUUCAAUUCUACGAUUUUUCUCUUGAAGAAUACAUAAAUGUGUGUCUCAUCAUUACCAUUAUCUAUUACAUCGCUUGUUCUCAUUUCUAUCAACAGGCAACAACUGGUUUGGUCGCGAAUGGAACUCUGUCUAUAGAAACACUGCGAUCUUUGGCCAGUCGGGUUCUCGGUGUCAAGUAUGACCUGGGGCUCUUUGAAAGUCCUUACAUCCCACAAGAUAUUGACUCAGAGAACAUAACUAUAUCUCACGCGCCUCUGACUCUCGAAGCUGCCCAUAAAAGCAUUGUGCUGCUUGAAAACAAGAACUCCACGCUUCCAUUGAGACCCAAAAAUCAGAAAAUCAGAAGGAUCGCCCUGGUUGGGCCUUUCGCAGAUACAUUCAAUUACGGUGACUAUUCUGGCCAAUGGGGAGGAUAUCCAGUGCGAAAUGCCAGUACAAUCCGGCAGGGCUUGUCCGAGCACCUUGCAGCCCACUUUCCGGAGACCGAGCUAGUCUCUAGCUGGGGGGCGAAUUCAUGGACUUUCAAUGGACAGUACAAUAUUCCGCCAUACCUUCUAUCUGCGAAUGAUACACCGGGUGGCCUCUUGGCGACAUAUUAUGCAGAUACCAAUUUUUCCGACGCAAAAUUUCAAAGAUUGGAGACCCCAAGUCUCGACUGGGGUCUUUACCCGCCAACCGGGCUACCAUCGAAUAAUUUCAGCGUAACAUGGGAAGGAAUGAUCAAUAUACCUGUUGAAUAUGACACACAAGGUUGGCUCGGUGUGGCUCUUUAUGCUAAUACAUCAGCAAAGCUCUACAUUGACGGAAAACUUCAUGCUGAUGUGAAGCCAAUAUCGGCUGGAAAUAUUCUUUCUAAUAUACCUGGACUAUCAUACACUUCCGCCAACGCAACAAUAGCUCCUCCAGGUUCUUCGCCUUUCUUGUUCAAAAAAUCCGCGACCCAUAGAAUUAGACUCGAAUACCAGGCAUGGAACUACAAUCAGAAAAUCGAGAAUCAAAAUUCUUUGAAUGCCCAGGUGCUUCUAUUCUGGAAUCUUGUUGACAAGAUUGAUCCAGUAAAGCAAGCCGUUCAAGUUGCCUCCGACUCAGACCUCAUCAUAUUGGCAGUUGGAGCCAACUGGAAUAGCGAUGGGGAGUCUGGAGAUCGGGCAACUUUAGAGCUUUCACCAAAUCAAACCGAGCUCGCAGAUGCAAUGUUUGGUUUGGGUAAACCAAUUGUUCUUGUCUUACAAGGUGGUCGCCCAUUCGCAAUUCCAGAGUACUACAAUAAGUCAGCAGCCGUGUUGAAUACUUUUUUUCCUGGUCAAGCAGGUGGCCAAGCGAUCUCAGAUGCAUUAUUUGGUCUGGUUUCGCCUGGCGGUCGGGUCCCAAUCAGUGUUCCAUAUAGUGUUGGCACAUUGCCAGCCUUUUACAACUACAAACCAUCUGUUCCUCGAGACUACGUGGACAUUCCUUAUAAUUCAAUUUACCCUUUUGGUUAUGGACUGUCAUACACCAAUUUUUCUACGUCCGAAUUUCAUGUUUCGGCAAUCGGCGGAGAUCCAGAAAUAGUUGAGUUCAACGCUCACUCUAUUCUGACGUUUUCUGUCGACGUCAAGAACAUUGGCCCGGUAGCAGGUGAUUAUGUUGCCCAGGUCUACUUGCUUGGUCGCGUCGCAUCAAUUGUGCGACCAGUCAAACAACUCGUCGCGUUUCAUCGUGUCCAUCUGCUUCCAGGUGAAUUGACCACCGUUGAAAUGAGCCUUGAUGUUUCCCGGUAUCUGGUAGUCCUUGAUCGAAAAUACAAUUGGGUUGUGGAGCCCGGGGAGUAUACCUUUGCGUUGCUCGAAAAUGGAGGCAGCUCUGUGGAUACAUCGACAAACGUCACUCUCAACUGCGUCCACUAA